CAGCAGCUUCUAGAAGAACAUAAGAAGAGUCUGAGGAGGAGAUGUGAACGUGUGACUGAAGGAAGUGAUGAAGCAGGAGGAGGAAGCCUCCUCAACAGGAUCUACACUGAGCUCCACAUCACAGAGGAACACAGUGAGGAGCUUCAGAGGGAACCUGAGCUGAAGCAGCUGGAGACAGCUUCCAGGAAGGAGAGCCUCCAUCACACUGCCAUCAGGGCUCAGGACAUCUUCAAAGCCUCGGCCCAGCAGCUCAGACACAUCCGAGUGGUUGUGACCAGCGGCGUGGCCGGCAGCGGAAAAACCUUCUCGGUGCACAAGUUCAUUCUGGACUGGGCCGAGGGCCUGGAGAACCAGAAUGUCAGUGUGCUGGUUGUUCUCUCCUUCAGGGAGCUGAACCUGAUCAGAGAGCGGCCGUACAGUCUUCUCACGCUGCUCCAUGUUUUCCAUCCGGCGCUCCAGAAGGUGACGGCAGAGGAGCUGGCUGUCUGCAAGCUGCUGUUCAUCUUUGACGGCCUGGAUGAAAGCAGACUUUCUCUGGACUUCAGCAGCAAACAGCGGCUGGUUGACGUCUCCCAGCAGUCUUCAGUCAGCCUGCUGCUCACUAACCUCAUCCGGGGGGAUCUGCUGCCCUCGGCUCGGGUCUGGAUCACUUCCAGACCUGCAGCAACCAAUCAGAUCCCUCCAUCAUGUGUGGACAGACUGACAGAAGUGCGAGGCUUCACUGACGCCCAGAAGGAGGAGUACUUCAGGAGGAGGCUGAGUGAUGAGGAGCUGUGCAGCAGAAUCAUCUCCCACAUCCAGACCUCCAGGAGCCUCCACAUCAUGUGUGGAAUCCCAGUCUUCUGCUGGGUCACUGCUACAGUUCUGGAGCACAUGUUAAGCAGCAAGCAGAGAGGAGAGCUGCCCCAGACCCUGACUGACAUGUACUCCCACUUUGUGCUGGUUCAGACACACAGGAAGAAGCUCAAGUACCAUGAAGGACCUGAGACGGGUCCACAGGAGCUGACGGAGGCUGACAAGAAGCUUCUUCUGAAGCUGGGCAGGAUGGCCCUUGAACAUCUGGAGAAAGGAAACAUCCUGUUCUACCAAGAAGACCUGGAGCAGUGUGGUCUGGAUGUGACUGAGGCCUCGCUGUACUCUGGAAUCUGUACUCAGAUCUUUAAAAGAGAGUCUGUGAUCUUCCAGAAAGCCGUCUACAGCUUCGUCCACCUGAGUGUUCAUGAGUUUUUGGCUGCAGUCUUCAUGUUCCACUGUUUCACCAACAGGAAGACAGACGGACUGAAGACCUUCUUCAGAGAGGACUGGGAACCAAAGCCUUUUUCUGGAAAAGUGUUCAAGUUCUUUGGAUUUGAUGAUGCUCUCUCAUCUCUGGAUGAGUUCCUGAAGAAAGUCCUGCAGAAAUCCCUCAGAAGUCAGAACGGCCACCUGGACAUGUUUGUCCGCUUCCUUCAUGGCCUCUCUCUGAAAUCCAACCAGAGACUCUUAGAAGGUCUGCUGGGUCGGACAGAGAUCAGUCCAGAAACCAUCCAGAGAGUCAUCCAGAACCUGAAGGAGAUCAACAAUGAUAAAAUGUCUCCUGACAGAAGCAUCAACAUCUUCCACUGUCUGAUGGAGAUGAAGGACCUCUCAGUACAUCAGGAGAUCCAGAAGUUCCUGAAGUCAGAGAACAGAUCAGAGAAACUCUCUGAGAUCCACUGCUCAGCUCUGGCCUACAUGCUGCAGAUGUCAGACCAGGUCCUGGAGGAGCUGGACUUGCUGAAGUACUACACGUCAGAGGAGGGACGACGGAGACUGAUCCCAGCUGUGAGGAACUGCAGGAAGGCUAAACUUUCUGACUGUGGACUCUCUGAUUCUCACUGUGAAGUGAUCUCCUCAGCUCUGAAGUCUGACCCCUCCCAUCUGAAACAUCUGGACCUGAGUCGCAACAAGCUGCAGAAUUCAUCAGUGAAGAUUCUGUGUUCUGGACUGGAGAGUCCAAACUGUAACCUGGAGACUCUGAGUUUGAGGAACUGCAGCUUGUCAGAGAUCAGCUGUUCUUCUCUGGCCUCAGCUCUGAAGUCCAACCCCUCCGCCCUGAAACAUCUGAAACAUCUGGACCUGAGUAGGAACCAGCUGCAGGAUUCAGGAGUUGAGCAGCUGUGUGGUUUUCUGGAGAGUCCACUCUGCAGUCUGGAGUAUCUGUGGUUGUGGAACUGUAAGAUGUCAACGAUCAGCUGUUCUUCUCUGGUCUUAGCUCUGAACUCUAACCCCUCUCUACCGAAACAUCUGAAAUAUCUGGACCUGAGUUGGAAUGAUCUGCAGGAUUCAGGAGUUGAGCAGCUGUGUGGUUUUCUGGAGAGUCCACUCUGUAGUCUGGAGGAUCUGAGGUUGAAGGGCUGCAGUUUGUCAAAGAUCAGCUGUUCUUCUCUGGCCUCAGCUCUGAAGUCCUACCCCUCCCUCCUGAAACAUCUGAAACAUCUGGACCUGAGUGAGAACCAGCUGCAGGAUUCAGGAGUUGAGCAGCUGUGUGGUUUUCUGGAGAGUCCACUCUGCAGUCUGGAGAUUCUGUGGCAAAGAGAUCCAGCCUUGCCUCAUUUAACACAACUGGCUGCACUGGAUCUGUCUAAGGACAACAAAGUUCUCCAGUUUCUGCUGGUCAUAAUCUGA